AUGAGUUUGGACUUUGAUGGUCCUGGUGCCACUCUGGUCCACUUGGGUGCCAUUAAUUUCAACUGUGGGCAGCUAGAGAGGCCAAACGGGGGCCUUGUUCCCCUUUUGGUCCACCUGAGUGCCGAUAAGUCCAGCACUAGACCCCCUGUGGUUGGUCUCAGAGAGCUCAUCCUGCUCUGGUCCAACCCAGACCUGGUCUGUGCAAUCAACUUGGAUGGACUCCGACUCUGAUGAGGAUCUGAACCUUGCCCCGUCAUCCUACUUGUAGCCUCCUAGCGUCCCAAGACCAGUCCAGGAGACACUGUUUGGUGCCACUUGGGUUUCACCAAGUGACCCCUGGUGGUCUUCUUGCCCCUUUGGUCCACCUGAGUGCCACUGUGUUCACCCCUGA